AUAAUAUUAGCUUUUAUAUAAUUUAACUACAUUAGCGUUUUCUGUGCUUGGUUCUAAUAACAGCCAUGUUUGAUUACGUCACCGUGUUUUGGCCUCACGAAACAGCGUGUCAGAAUAAAUCCUUAGGAUUUGACCUAAAAGAAUAUAAACAUUAGAAUUUAUGCUAUGGUUUAGUGUAAAGUAGAUGCAUUACUGGUGUGCUGUAAGAUGUAAGGUGGUUAAAUAGGGUAUAAUACAAUCAAUCCAUUACACACGCGUGAAAGUUGUUCCUAAAAACAAAAGUAAGGUGGGUUUCAGACAUGGGACGUAAAAAACAGGGUAAAUGCGAGCGACCGGUUCACAAGGGCAAAGACAGACGACACAGGAUGAAGGGGAAGUCAUUAGAAACUUUCACAGAGGAGAUGCAUGAGGCUCUGCAAGCCAGUGAGGAUGCGGAUUCAGAGGCGGCAGGAGGUGUGAAGUUGCCCUGUCAGUUGGCCAUGUGGGAUCUGGGUCACUGUGACCCGAAACGGUGUACAGGACGCAAGCUGGUCAGGAAAGGUUUUGUGCGCUGCCUGCGACUCAGCCAGCGCUUCAAUGGCCUGAUACUCAGUCCGAUGGGAGCCAAAUACGUUACACCCGCAGACAGGGAGAUUGUGGCACGGGGUGGUCUAGCCGUGAUUGACUGUUCAUGGGCGCGACUCGAAGACACGCCUUUCAGCAAAAUGAUUGGCUCACAUCCGAGGCUUUUGCCAUACUUGGUCGCAGCAAAUCCUGUAAACUACGGAAAGCCGUGCAAGCUGUCCUGCGUCGAGGCUUAUGCCGCCACCUUCUGCAUUGUGGGAUUUCGUGACCUUGCUGUGCUCCUGCUGAGGAAGUUUAAGUGGGGCUUGGGAUUUUUGGAACUGAAUAAGACUCUUCUAGAGCGUUACGCUUCCAGCCAAUCAGAAGAGGAACUACUGGCUGUGGAGAAAGAGUUUCUCAGUGCCGCCCCUCAGGAAGAGGAUUUAGAUCCUUUCGAUGUGGACUCAGGAAGAGACUUUGUGAAUCUCAACAGACCAGUCCAGGCUGAGGACGAUGACAGUGACGAGACGUCAGAGGAGGAAGAUGAUGGUGAGGAGGAAGAACAGAAGAGUAAAGAGGAAGAUGAUGAUGAAAGAGAUGAGGACUCUUGAGUUGUGUAAUCUUAAAAUGUAACAUUUGGGGAAGAAGGAUGUUUAGUCACUGAUUUAGUAACACUGACCUUCACUUGAGCAAACUUCUGUUUUCUGCGUGUUUGCAGAUGGUUGCAGAUAUGGAACUUGUAAGUUAACUAAACCAGAGUAAUCAGGUGCUGUAGUCAUGAUUUCAAAAAGCAACUUCCCCAAAGACGUUUUAUAAUGCGCAAAAUGUACUAUUUGUUCACGAGAAGAAUCUUCUCAAACUGUAAUAACAUUUAUUAUUGCAAAAAAAGGUUGACUUGUUUAUAAGCAGAAUGAAAUGUUUAAAUAAAUAUUAAAUGGCAUUUGCUGCAUUCGAGUAUGGUUUACUAGCUGUUUUAUUAAUUGGAGUGCCAUUUUCAAUCCAGUCUGCGUAUUUUAUUUAUUUACAUGUAUAUCUAUUGGGGCUGAUUACCACAUGCAUACACUAUUGUAUAUACUACUCUAAGGCAAGGAUUUUCAAUAUUUUAGAUGUCAUGGACCCAAAUAUGAUCAUCCCUGUGUGAGGGACCCCAUCCUAACAUUUU